AUGAAUCCUUUGUUACUUGAAAAGUUUAAAGAUGAAAUUCGACCAAAUAUUAAAAGCUCAACUAAGCAGCCACCGUGGAUGGAUUCGUUCUUUUACUCAACAAGCGAUCCUUAUACGUUUUUAGAUCUUGAGUUGAUCGAUUUCGCGAAAUGGAUUCAACCAACAUUGGAAGAAAAGUAUGUCAGGCUGAGAAUAUACAAAAACAUACAAGAAUGCAUUACUAAAAUCUAUCCUUUGGCAAAAGUUAUUUUAUUCGGAUCAAAUUCAACAGAUUCAAAUCUUCCUUUCAGUGAUAUAGAUCUUUCUGUCGUGAUAAAAAACUUAAUUAUCGAUGAUACUCUAGAAGAACUUUAUUUUAUUGGAAGAUAUUUGAAACUUUCAGGAGUAAUUUCCCAAUUUCAAGUAAUAAAUGCAAAAGUUCCAAUAGUUAAAGCUACUGAUUCAGGAUUUCGUCUUCCAAUUGAUAUCGGAAUUGUUACUCAAUUAUCUGACGAAGAUAAUGACCUUAACUACCUUGCUUACAUGGAAAGAAAUAGAAACGCACUCAGUAGAUAUCCGUCAAUGUAUCCUGUUUUAAUGUACUUAAAAAUGCUUUUAUGUCAGGAAAAAUUAGAAGUUAACUACGAAGGAGGUAUCAGUUCGACAUUAUUAUUUAAUAUGCUACUCUCUGUUUGCCAAAUUAAUGAAAGUACAACAAAAUUCUCUCCAUCAAAAUUAUUAUUGAAUUUCUUAUGGUACUAUGGCGAUAUUUUUAAUCCAAUGCAAUGUACAAUUGGUGUUGCUAACGGAGGAUAUUUAAUAAAAAACGACAACUCCGAUAUAGAUAAUACUCCCAAAUUUAGCUUUAUUGACCCAGUUACUGGAAAUGCCAGCCAUUUCCGUGGUACAGAGCAUUUCAAAUUUAUCAAAAAAUGCAGAGCAUGGAAUGAAAAACUUAGAAUUGAGUUGCAAUAUCCUUGCAGAUCAAAAUUAGAUAAGUUACUUGACAUGAAUUACAUAUUUAGUUUGAAUACAGAAAGGAUUGUUCUUAAAAAGCUUUUCCAAACUGAUCAAGAACAACAGAAUAAAAAUUCUGAAAAUCAAAGAUGGAAUGUCGUCGCAAACUUCAUUAUGGCACAAACAAAUGCUAUCGUUGCUAAAAGAAACAUGCAAAAAUCGAAUCUUCCUACACCUGGAAAAUACAAGGAAACUCUUAAGGUUAAGUUGACAAAAUUGGACAAGUACAAUCAGAAUUCAAAACCCAAAGAGGUUUACUAA